AUGGAUCGCCCUCAGGAGCUCAGUGAAUUCAAGUGUGGUACUGUGAUAGGUUCCCACCUGUGCAAUAAGUCCAUCCGUGAAAUUUCUUUGCUACUAAAUAUUCCACAGUCAACUGUUAGUGAUAUUAUAACAAAGUGGAAGCAACUGGGAAAAGCAGCAAUUCAGCCAUGAAGUGUACAGUGCACAGAAGUUGCCAACUGUCUGCAGAGUCAACAGCUAAAGACCUCCAAACUUUGUUGAAAGGAACUCUUAAGGUGCCAGCAUAGCAAGACAUUUUGUACAAUUUCAUGCUCCCAACUUUGUGGGAAGAGUUUGGGGAUGGCCCCUUC